AUGUCUCGCAUUGCUCUCAUUACAGGUGCCAACUCGGGUAUUGGCUUUGCCAUUGCAAAAAUGCUGCUUAAAGCUCCUGAACCAUUCACUGUGAUCGCCAGUGGUCGUUCUCUCUCCAAGAUUCAAGAUGCCAUCGCUGAGCUCUCCCCCUCUGCCUCUGCCUCAUCCUCGAUCGUCCCCCUCCAAUUGGAUGUGACGGACUCGGCCUCCAUAGACGAGGCUGCAGCGGCUGUCAAGAAACAGUUUGGGCGCUUAGACGUACUCGUCAACAACGCCGGCAUUUGCCCAGAAGGUCCAAAUUUAGCCGACAUGUUCCAAACGACAUUUGCGACCAACCUAUUUGGCCCAGUGCUUGUUUCAGCCGCCUUCCGCUCCCUGCUGCUCGAAUCAUCCAAUCCGUAUUCCGUAUAUAUAAGCAGCCGUGUUGGGUCCUUGGCUAUGAUUGCAGAUCCGACGUCGCCGCUGCACGCUACCCAACGCGGAUCGGUCGCCUACCGCGCAAGUAAAGCGGCACUCAACAUGGUCAUGUUGCAUGAACAGCUCGAGAACGAGGAUACAAAUCUCAAGAUUUUCGCCAUGUGCCCCGGUUUCGUGGUGUCAAACAUUCGUGGUACCAGUGAGGAAGCCAGAAGUGGUGGUGGUUAUGCUGGAAGUCCAGAUGUCAGCGCAAAUUUGUUGUAUACGAUUAUAUCGGGAGAAAAGGACGACGACCGCGGCAACUUUAUUUCGGAUUUGGGUACGAUUCCUUGGUAA